UGACUCCUCCCACAGGAAAAAGAACUCGCGUUUAAUUCCGGAAAUUAACAAACUCGUGAUGUCAGGAGGCGAGCAGAAAGGGUUGAGAUGUUGCAUUGAAAAAGUCUAUCUUUUUGGAUUAUUGUUGUUUCUGGACACAUUUGCAUCAGCUAACUGUAAUGGAUGCGAUGAAACGUUGGAAGACGGAUAUCCUGCGCCUCUGUAUGUUGACAGUGGUAUAGAAGUGAAGUAACUGUCAUCGACUGGUCUGUUUUGCUUCCUUCUCCGGGGUUUUCUCACCUUCUGCUAAUAUGACACGACAUGUUUUGGAACAGGUGACAGAUUUCGGCGAUUUUACAAGAGGUAAAGAACUGAAAGACUUUUUGAAGCAGUCUUAUGCUAAAAGUUCUUCCAAAAGCUGUCUGUCCAAUAUCCGCAUUAGUCCAGAUGGGCGACACAUCCACAUUAUCCAGCAAGCUCCGAGAACUGGUCUCAUGACCCAUGACAGAUAUCAGAGAGCCCACCUACAGUGCCAGGAACAUCUGGAUUUAGUGCUGACACGGAAUGUCUCGAUAGUUGACUUGCUUUAUUUCAAACAGAAUGACUCCGAGGACAGAGCACUUCUGCUUGGGAUAAUAUUUGAGAAUGGCAAAGCUGAGUUAUGGAAAUUCUCUGAGCAGAAAUCUGGAUGGAGCUCGCUUCAGACCAUGGAUCUCUGUAACAGCCCGAGAGCCAAAAUCGCUUCUGUGUGCAUCAAUCAGAAUUUCAUCAUCUGGUGUGAGGAGAGACCUCCCUCAGAGAGCUCUUCCGUCUCCAGUGUGGAUCGGAGUAACUUCACGUACUGCAUCUGUAAAAGGACUUUUGAUGUAGAUGAACGAGGUAUCUCCUUGGGUGGAGUGAAAACUGUACUGCACAACAAUCCUCGUUAUUCAGUUGUCAGUACUGGAGAUAUUGUAUACUUGUUACCAAAUAUAGAGAAAGAGUCUUGCACAAGUGUUAGAAAAGUGUUUUUAUCAUGGGCCCCUCAGAGUGAUGUCUUUAAGGUCCACAGUGCCAAUAAUGGAAUACUCCUUAUCAGAAAUUCCACAGCAAACAAACAGCUGGACUUUAAAAGACUCAUCACUGAUUGCGUCGGCUAUCUGUCGACCAUUACCCCGCUUGACAUCUAUGGUUUUAGCCCUAUUGGACAUGGGGAAAUCCUGCUCCUGCUCAGCUCUGGAUGGGUUUGCGUUAUGCAAAGAGAUGGAAUUUUACGGCAGAUUUAUAAACUACCUGAUAAUUGCCUCGCCACAUGUGGGACUCAAAACAGUGUAAACAUGUAUGAUGAUGUUGUUGCACUUACAGUGGGCAGAAUGAUGUACUUAAUUGACAUUAAGUGUGGCGUGGAAUUGGAGAGGAUCCCUUUAAAAGGGGAGGGCCUCCUCUUUGUAAACUGUUCAGAGACUUAUGCCCCACAGAUGUUCUCUGAGGCUGGGUUAUAUAUGGUAAUCCAGGAGGAGACUGAAGCCCAAUCCAAACCACCAGGUGCUUAUUUAGAGAAUGUUAACUCAGGUGCUGUCUUGGUUGAGGCUGUGUUUGAAGAGGCAUGUAAAUAUUACCAACAGAGAAGUCUUAGCACCACACAGCUAACAUCUGAAAAACUCAAGAAGGGUGGGAUGUUUCAGGCACCUAUCACCCUGGCAGACAUCAUCAGGGACUACCUGGGCAACAGUGUGCUAAAAACGACAGGGAAGGAUUGUUCAGGACAUGAGAAACUGUUAAGCUGUCUUGACUCUGAGCUCAAGAGUCUUAUUGCCCUGGAGGACAUGAAGGCAUCAGUGGUAAAAGCCUCAGAAAAAGAUCUUCACAGUUAUUGUGAGACUCUGGUUCAGCAAGAACUCUGCAGACUACUCAGCUCAGAAAUCGAUAGGGAAAACUUACAGUAUCUGAAUAGUAUGUUCCAAUUAUUCCCUACUGAGAGUUGGCAAGCCGUACAGACUGUGCUCCAACUCAGAUGCAAUGGUGAGGGCUCAUUAUUUACCAAAGCUCCUGCUGAAUUAUGGAAGAUUGUCCUAAGCCCUGUCCAAGCAGCACCUAACUACUACAACAGUCAGCAGAAAAACACUCCAGCCAAUGGUGCAUUGCCAGUCUUCGAGUUGCUGUGUCAGUCCAUCUUUAAAUUCCAGCCCAACUGGCUUCCCAAAUUUCUGGAGCUGGCACAGCAGCAGUCCAUCUCUUCAUCUACGUCUUCCUGGAGUUUUGGAAAAGAGAAUUCUGAAAGUCUACCUUUAUACAAAAGGGCUCUUGCUGUCCUUCCCAGUAAAAGUGAUUGCCAGAACUUGGAGGUGGAGCUGCUCUUGUGUAGCCAGCGGCCUAACGCAGUAAUGCAAGCCCUCCGCAUGCUCAUAGGACAAGGCCAGUGGGGCAGAGUUACCCAGGUGGCCGAGCAGUACUGCCGUCAAAGCCCUCUUCUCAAUAAGGAGAUUUUCACCACGCUGCUCAGUGAGGUGUCCCAGCACAGAGACCUAGACCCCUACCUGGACUUACUAUGGACCCUUUGUCCAGAAGACAUGACUGUUACCGGAAUUUUAAACCUAGUGCUCAAAAAUCUGCCCCCAACUGCACAGUUGUCAGGCCCAUUCCAGGUAGAUUCAGAGGGAAGUCAGCUCACCAUCGGCCAUCUGAAGCCUCUGCUGAGAAAAGUUCUACAGUGGGAGACGAGAUCCAGCCAGAGGUAUGCAGACAUUCUUCAGUCCCCGACCUUUCCUCCCCCUACACCUCAACGUCAGGUUGUAGAUUUGGCUCGGGUCAACACUGAGCUGGACAUUGACCUAAAGGAGAAAACUAGGUCUGGAUCUCCAUUCACCUCUGUCUGACAUUCCCAGACACAAAUGAGAUCAGUGAUUCUUGCACAGACCAGACACUGUUGGCCUUGUUAUUGCUGAUAUCAUAGAUAGGAACCUUAAUGGGGCCAACAUUAAAGGCUUUUAAAAUAUUGAUUAGUCUGUAGUGAACAAUUAAAGUGUGGCCUAUUUUUAUUUUUAAAUUGAAAUAAUACGUUUGUUUGUUUGGAGCAGCAUUUUAUGUUUUUUUGAUUUAAUGAUACAAUUCUUUGAUUAAUAUGUCCUUAUUUAAGCUCCAUGGAACAUUCAUUCUGUUCAGAAAUACAUGCUCUUUUAUAUUGACCUGACUCAUGGGUGUCAAAGUCACAUCAUAGUGAAUUUUAUAUUGCAUAUGUCAAACUGGAUACUUUUCUUACAAAUAGAAAACAACCUUGCGUUAUUCAAGGGUAACAGUUGCAGUAAGAUGUGCUGUUGUAACCUGUUGGAGCAAACCGAGGCUCGGUCAUUACAGGAAGUUUAUUAGCACCUAGUGUGGAGCU